UCCUAGUGAGUGAUCAACAAGGUACACUUGCUCAGUCAGCACAUCUGAAUUUCGUGAAUAACAAGAGGUUUUAAGAUCCGAAAUAUUUCCAGCACAAGUACGCAUACAUGUAGUCUCAUUUAUUACACAGCUUCAAGAAUUCAUUUGAAAUCGAGUGAAAACAAGAGCUGGCAAGAUAAAUUCCGGAACGGAAAAGUGACAGCCCGAGCUAGCCAGCGCGGCAGACCAUCAUCAACGUGAAGAGGAUGUGGUUGUGUUGAAAGCUGCAGUCUCAGAUCGAGCUAGACAGAUGCAAACCAGAGGUUGAGUCGGAGACAAAACGCCGAGCAGCUUCCAGGAACACGGAAUGUAGUGGACUAGAGCUGUGUGGCCUGGGGACUUUUUAAGUGGCAGCUGGUGAGAUUCCACUCUAGUGGUUGCCGGGGGCGAUGAGGGUGCGUUGCUCCCGGAAGCUGGGCCUCCUAGCUAAGUCCUUCUUCCUGCUGUGGGUGCUGUGGCUGGGCUACCUGCUCCUGGUCCGUUCCGCCUCCUUCUCCACAGGGAACGAUGGAGGGGAGGACGGAGGGGGCCGCAGCCUGCUGGUUAGGCACUUGGCCCCUGUGGAGGAACAGGGGAGCGAGCAGCUGGCCAGGCCUGUGUACGUGAAAGCGCCGGCGGAUGCCAACGCUCCCGGGGAAUGGGGCAAGGCCACCAGGCUAAACCUCAGCCCGGAGGAGAAGAAGCAAGAGGAGGACAGCGUGGAGAGAUAUGCUAUUAAUAUCUUUGUCAGCGAUAAGAUCUCUCUGCACCGACACAUCCAGGACAACAGGAUGAAGGAAUGCAGAGCUAAGAAGUUUGACUACCGCCAUCUGCCGACCACGUCAGUGAUCAUAGCGUUCUACAACGAGGCCUGGUCCACCCUGCUCAGGACUAUCCACAGUGUUCUGGAGAGCACUCCUGCUGUCCUCCUGAAGGAGAUCAUUCUCAUAGACGACUUUAGUGACCGAGUCUAUCUGCAGUCUCAGCUGGAGCAGUACAUCAGUAACUGGGAGCGUGUCCGCCUCAUCCGCACCAACAAGAGGGAGGGGUUGGUCAGGGCGAGGCUCAUCGGCGCCACCUACGCCACGGGGGACGUAUUGACCUUCCUGGACUGUCACUGCGAGUGUGUCCCCGGCUGGAUCGAGCCGCUCUUGGAGAGGAUUGGAGAGAAUGAGAGCACCAUCGUGUGUCCGGUGAUCGACACCAUCGAUUGGAACUCGUUUGAGUUCUACAUGCAGACAGAUGAGCCCAUGAUCGGAGGCUUUGACUGGAGGCUGACUUUCCAGUGGCACUCCCUCCCUGAGGUCGACCGCAAGAAACGCAAAUCCCGCACCGAACCCAUCAGGUCUCCUACCAUGGCCGGUGGGCUGUUUGCUGUGAGCAAGGCCUACUUUGAGUACCUGGGCACAUAUGACAUGGGCAUGGAAGUGUGGGGAGGAGAGAACCUUGAACUGUCCUUCAGGGUGUGGCAGUGUGGAGGCUCUCUGGAGAUCCACCCAUGCUCCCAUGUGGGCCACGUCUUCCCAAAGAAAGCCCCCUACGCCAGGCCCAAGUUCCUCCAGAACACGGUCCGUGCUGCCGAGGUGUGGAUGGACACCUACAAACAGCACUUCUACAACAGAAACCCCCCUGCCAGAAAGGAGACAUAUGGGGACAUCUCAGAGAGGGUUGUCCUCAGAGAGAGACUGAAGUGUAACAGCUUUGACUGGUACCUGAAGAACAUCUACCCUGACCUGCAUGUACCAGAGGACCGGGAGGGCUGGCACGGGGCGGUGCGUAGCUCUGGGAUCCAUUCAGAGUGCCUGGACUACAACGCUCCGGAACACAGUCCCACGGGGGCGCACAUCUCCCUCUUCGGUUGCCAUGGGCAGGGCGGCAACCAGUACUUUGAGUACACGACUCAUAAGGAGAUCCGCUAUAACUCUGUGACGGAGCUGUGUGCCGAGGUCCCAGAGGGACAGACUUACAUUGGGAUGAAACACUGCCCCCACGACAGAACCCCUACACCCCCCACCAUCAUCUGGGAGUUCAGAGAGGACGGGACCAUAUACCACCCUCACUCAGACAUGUGUGUCACCUCCUGCCGCACAGCCGAGGGGCGAGCGGACGUCCAGAUGAGGACGUGCACCCCCGGGGACAAGCACCAGCGCUGGAAGUUUGAGAACGGGGGGAACUAGCUUCACCCUAACCCUAAUUGACCUUUGACCUAAGUGCAAUUACAGUUCCAUGGUGGACGAUUGAGAGGCAGGAUUUUUAAAGAGGGGACCCAGCAAAGCCUCUCAGCAAACUACCUACUUGUUCCCUGUGGGAAGACUUCCUCAUUUAAAGUGCCUUUGCAAACCAAGUGGGGUCCACACCAGAGGUGAACGUAUUUAUGCCCGUCUGUCAGAAUGCCCUAGUUUUGUAGAUCUUUCCUUCCUGUCACUAUGGGAGCUUAAAAACAAUAAGAAAGCUUGAAGGAACAUUCCAGGAUUGUCUAGUGGUGUCAGAUCUAAAAGACUGGUUUCAAAGAGGAUCAAUGGCAGGCAUCAUGGGAGUUUUUAAUUCAGUGGGAUCGGCAUAGAUUCUAACAAGUACUGUUGCACUACAGAAUGAUUUUAUAGAAUAUUUGUGUUUUUUUUUACAUGUAGACCACAACAAAUAACUGAAUUGUGUUGUCCUUAAAAUAAUAAUAAUAAUUACUCUUUUCUAUGUGUGGUUAAUCUGGGGGUUUGUAAUUCAAAGAUAACCCUUUGAGAUAGCUGAAUAAGUCCCAAAGCUUUGUAUCAUAUGAGACUUAACUAUACAAACCCCAUCUUGUUGUUUAUGUGAAAUGGAGUUAAGAGGACCCUGUCAUGCUAGGAUACGGUAUGUGUUCUACUCACCAGUGUCCGUCUCUCUAUUUGGAGACUGUCAUGCUAGGAUACUGUGUGUUCUACUCACCAGUGUCCGUCUCUCUGUUUGGAGACUGUCAUGCUAGGAUACUGUGUGUUCUACUCACCAGUGUCCGUCUCUGUUUGGAGACUGUCAUGCUAGGAUACGGUAUGUGUUCUACUCACCAGUGUCCGUCUCUCUGUUUGGAGACUGUCAUGCUAGGAUACUGUGUGUUCUACUCACCAGUGUCCGUCUCUCUGUUUGGAGACUGUCAUGCUAGGAUACUGUGUGUUCUACUCACCAGUGUCCGUCUCUCUGUUUGGAGACUGUCAUGCUAGGAUACUGUGUGUUCUACUCACCAGUGUCCGUCUCUCUGUUUGGAGACUGUCAUGCUAGGAUACGGUAUGUGUUCUACUCACCAGUGUCCGUCUCUCUGUUUGGAGACUGUCAUGCUAGGAUACUGUGUGUUCUACUCACCAGUGUCCGUCUCUCUGUUUGGAGACUGUCAUGCUAGGAUACUGUGUGUUCUACUCACCAGUGUCCGUCUCUCUGUUUGGAGACUGUCAUGCUAGGAUACUGUGUGUUCUACUCACCAGUGUCCGUCUCUCUGUUUGGAGACUGUCAUGCUAGGAUACUGUGUGUUCUACUCACCAGUGUCCGUCUCUCUGUUUGGAGACUGUCAUGCUAGGAUACUGUGUGUUCUACUCACCAGUGUCCGUCUCUCUGUUUGGAGACUGUCAUGCUAGGAUACUGUGUGUUCUACUCACCAGUGUCUGUCUCUCUGUUUGGAGACUGUCAUGCUAGGAUACUGUGUGUUCUACUCACCAGUGUCCGUCUCUCUGUUUGGAGACUGUCAUGCUAGGAUACGGUAUGUGUUCUACUCACCAGUGUCCGUCUCUCUGUUUGGAGACUGUUCAAAGUAGGUUGAAAUUGGGCUAUUCGAACAAGACUUGAAACACUUACAGUGAGGGAAAAAAGUAUUUGAUCCCCUGCUGAUUUUGUACGUUUGCCAACUGACAAAGAAAUGAUCCGUCUAUAAUUUUAAUGGUAGGUUUAUUUGAACAGUGAGAGACAGAAUAACAGCAAAAAAAAUCCAGAAAAAUGCAUGUCAAAAAUGUUAUAAAUUGAUUUGCAUUUUAAUGAGGGAAAUACUUAUUUGACCCCUCUCAAUCAGAAAGAUUUCUGGCUCCUAGGUGUAUUUUAUACACACUCUUAAAGGGAGUGCUCCUAAUCUCAGUUUGUUACCUGUAUAAAAGACACCAGUCCACAGAAGCAAUCAAUCAAUCAGAUUCCAAACUCUCCACCAUGACCAAGACCAAAGAGCUCUCCAAGGAUGUCAGGGACAAGAUUGUAGACCUACACAAGGCUGGAAUGGGCUACAAGACCAUCGCCAAGCAGCUUGGUGAGAUGGUGACAACAGUUGGUGCGAUUAUUCACAAAUGGAAGAAACACAAAAUAACUGUCAAUCUCCCUCGGCCUGGGGAUCCAUGCAAGAUCUCACCUCGUGGAGUUGCAAUGAUCAUGAGAACGGUGAGGAAUCAGCCCAGAAAUACACGGGAGGAUCUUGUCAAUGAUCUCAAGGCAGCUGAGACCAUAAUCACCAAGAAAACAAUUGGUAACACACUACGCCGUGAAGGACUGAAAUCCUGCAGCGCCUGCGAGGUCCCCCUGCUCAAGAAAGCACAUAUACAUGCCCGUCUGAAGUUUGCCAAUGAACAUCUGAAUGAUUCAGAGGACAACAGGGUGAAAGUAUUGUGGUCAGAUGAGACCAAAAUGGAGCUCUUUGGCAUCAACUCAACUCUCUGUGUUUGGAGGAGGAGGAAUGCUGCCUAUGACCCCAAGAACACCAUCCCCACCGUCAAACAUGGAGCUGGAAACAUUAUGCUUUGGGGGUGUUUUUCUGCUAAGGGGACAGGACAACUUCACCGCAUCAGAGGGACGAUGGACAGGGCCAUGUACCGUCAAAUCUUGGGUGAGAAGCCAGGGCAUUGAAAAUGGGUUGUGGAUGGGUAUUCCAGCAUGACAAUGACCCAAAACACACGGCCAGGGCAACAAAGGAGUGGCUCAAGAAGAAGAACAUUAAGGUCCUGGAGUUGGCCUAGCCAGUCUCCAGACCUUAAUCCCAUAGAAAAUCUGUGGAGGGAGCUGAAGGUUCGAAUUGCCAAACUUCAGCCUCGAAACCUUAAUGACUUGGAGAAGAUCUGCAAAGAGGAGUGGAACAAAAUCCCUCCUGAGAUGUGUGCAAACCUGGUGGCCAACUAUAAGAAACAUCUGACCUCUGUGAUUGCCAACAAGGGUUUUGCAGAGGGGUCAAAUACUUAUUUCCCUCAUUAAAAUGCAAAUCAAUUUAUAACAUUUCUGACGUGUUUUUCUGGAUUUUUUUGUUGUUAUUCUGUCUCUCACUGUUCAAAUAAACCUACCAUUAAAAUUAUAGACUGAUCAUUUCUUUGUCAGUGGGCAAACGUACAAAAUCAGCAGGGGAUCAAAUAUUUUUUUCCCUCACUGUAAGCUUGUGCUAAGUGCAAUUUUUGAUUGCCUGAGGGUGGUGGGAUGUCUGACAUUGUUGUCUGGGAGUCUUCACUGAGCUGUGGAUUCAAAAACAGGCUGAUUUACUGGGUCUACGAUGUUGCCUCCAAAAAGAGAGGCACAGUUACAUUUUUGGGGCAGAAUUCUUUUACACAUUUUAAUCUAUAAAAAAUACAAAUCCAAUGUGCCUAACAUACAAUUAUAAAGAUGUUCAUUUGACUUUCAUAGUGGCAAUAUUCUCAUAUGAGUCUUGGUCUACAGCAAUGUUGUCUGCUCUCUUCCAAGGCCUCCGUGUUGCAACUAACACAAGCAUGUCACAGCAUUGCUUACUUGUAGCAUUUUUAUACUGUAUCGUGCAUCAAUUGUUGAUCUCUCAAGGGCUUGAUUGUCUUAAACCUGCCACACAACAGAUUCCUUUGUCUUUGACAGACUUACAUCAACACCCGUACUCUACUCUUACGCUCUCUCCUAACCUGAACCUUUCCUAUAAUAUCUGGUUCCCUUGAUUGGGAUUCGAGAACCACAUUAUGGCCUUAAUAACAAUGAUUCCGUGUUUGUUGCUAUUGAAGUGCUUAUUAUUGAAAUCAGUUGUACCGCCGCAGACUGUUCUUCCUAACUGUCUUUUUUGUGGUCCUUUGCACUAGGGCAUUUUUUUCCCUUCAUAUCAAAUAUUUGUAAUGAUUGUUUGAUAAUUCAAAAUGACUCCAGCUUAAUAUGAUAUUUCUUGGUAUAAAGGGACCUGAAUGGGAUGUGGUGUAUUUAAACUACUGAACUGAUUUAAUAAACACAAGAGGUGGUGGGGAUUAUUGUUUGUACCAGUGAAGAAUAAAAGGGUCAAAAUAAAA